AUGGACCGGCAUGUUCAAAGACAGGCAUUAUCGGGUGACGAUGGUAAUGACCCGAAGAAAAAUCCGACCGGGUCUCAUCCAAGUAUAGUUUCUGUCAAAUCCAAAAGCCGAGACCCCAGCGUGAGCUCUGAGGAGCAACGACCACCCCUACCACCGCGGCCAAAUACAUUAAACCUGCUAGACGAAAGACAAACGGCACAAUCUAAUCUACAGGCCAAGGCGACAACGGCAGUGUCUCUGACCGACAUUGAAUCACAGCAAAUUCCUGACACUGCAAGAGAAAAUGUCCCCAACCGCGGCCUGCCGGAGACAUUGAGGGCCAGGACGAGUCUCAGCCAGAUUGGAAGCUCCAAAGCAAGCGAGACCGGUGACUCCAUGAGUAUCAGGAGCUCUAUCCCGAAUACAGAUAUGGGUGAAGUGGAAAAUGUUUUCAAUGAUUUCAUCGCAACGGAGCCUGGGGCAGUACACCAGGACAGCACCGGUCUGCUCCUAUUCCCGGAGUUCCGGGCUGAUGAUGUGGAGGACGAUUUCGUGAGUGAGUUUGAGUCGGUUGGGGAAGUGGAUGAACAUAGAGAAAAUGAAGAUUUAAUCCUUGAGAAAUGGAAGGCAAAGAAGAAACACUACCUAAUUCUCUCUGCUGCCGGAAAACCUAUCUGGACUAGGCAUGGUGAUGGGGGUUUGAUAUCCACUUACAUUGGCGUCAUCCAAACGAUCAUCUCAUUCUACGAAGAUGCAAAAGAUCCUCUGAGUAGUUUCACGGCCGGUGACACGAAAUUCCUGAUUCUCACCAAGGGACCGUUGUAUCUUGUCGCAAUUAGCCAGCUCUUGGAAAGUGAUAAUCAACUCAGACUCCAGCUCGAGGCACUAUACAUGCAAAUCCUAUCGACGCUGACUCUUCCUUCCCUGACCCAUCUAUUCUCCGUCCGUCCAUCUACCGACCUGAAACGACCUUUACAAGGAACCGAUACUCUUCUAUCAACAUUAGCCGACAGCUUUACCAAAGGCUCGCCUACUACCCUUCUAUCAGCACUGGAAUGUCUAAAGAUCCGCAAGGCACAUAGGCAAACCAUCAACAAUGCACUUCUAAAGACUAAGGUCAAUAGUCUUCUCUACGGCUUGGUCGUGGCAGGUGGUCGACUUGUCAGUGUUGUGCGUCCUAAGAAGCAUUCAUUACACCCUGGCGACCUACAACUUCUGUUCAAUAUGAUCUUCGAAGCAGAAGGCGUCAAGGCUGGAGGAGGUGAAAGCUGGAUUCCUGUCUGUUUGCCCGGGUUCAACAGUACUGGGUAUCUGUACAUGUAUGUCAGUUUCCUCGACCUUCGUGAUGAGACCAGCAACGCUCCGGAUGAGGAUACGACGAAGGAAGAAUCUGUUGCCAUUAUUUUGAUCAGCACAAAUAAGGAGAGUUUUUUUGAGUUGCAGGAGAUGCGGAAUGCUCUUGUCGAGCAACUCGAGAAAACAAAAAGCAUCAAGAUAAUCAAGGCCGCAGUUGACAAAGGCCGCCCAAAUAUCACCGACAUCAUUCCCGGAACCGUCCUCCACCACUUCCUCUAUAAAUCCAAAGCAAACGUCCAAUUCACCAUGUCCUCCUUUGAUCCCGAUUUCUCCACGAUCUCACGACGUCGAAGGCUAAUGUCCACAUACAACAACCUCCACGCGAGCAUCCAUGCUAAGCAUACACAAGUCAAAGUUCACCACUGCGUUUCUCAGUCAGCGACCUCGUUCGCGUGGGUGACGCCAAUGUUUGAGCUGUACUGCGUCGCAGGUCCGAAUGCGAAUAGAAAUGCACUUGCGCAGAGCGCGAGCAAGAUUGUUCAAUGGGUACAGAAAGAAGAGGAUAGGCUGUUCAUUAUAGGGGGUGCGAUAUUCUAG